CGGCCAUGACUAGACUAUGUUUGCCUCUUCUUUAUGGCAAGCCUCUUGUUUGUCUUUCCAAAGGUUAUUAAUGGCCUUUGUCCAGAACUACCCUCGAUCUACCUAUCAUCGCCUUUGCCAACCAGGCCAGGAUGUCGGAUGCAGAGGAAAUGCGUCGUGCCCACUAUAUUUGGAGAGCCCUCACUGUGCGGAUAGUAAAACCCCACAUUUUGACGUGCAACGGCCAACGGCUUUCAGGCUGGGCGCCCCCUGAGAACGCCAGUUCCCGCCCUCAGGAACCCGAACCUGCACGCUGUCAGCAGUGAAGCCUUGUGGGAAGGGACCUCCAACACUGUGCCAGGCAAGACGCG